AAAACUUGAAGAUUUUUAAAGACAAUAAAAAAAAAAAAAAAAGUUUCAAAGUUUUCCUUUGUUCUUGUGUUUAUCUUAUAUUGUAAAGAAUAGUUGGGGGUAAACUGAAAGAUGACAGUGAUAAGAACAAACAGUUUUAAAGGAAGAGAGUCAGAAACCAUCGCGACGACGAAGAAGAAUUCGAUAAAUGUAACAAAUUGCGAGCCUCUAAAACUUAUGCUACAGACAACACUGUCAUUCAAAAAUCUGGUUCAAGUUCAAGAUUCUGUUGUCGCCCUUCCUGAACCUGCUAUCAUGUUUUCACCACGACCUGUUUGCGAACUCGAUGCUGCAGCUGUUAAGCUUCAAAAAGUAUACAAGAGUUACAGGACUAGAAGAAAUCUAGCUGAUUGUGCUGUUGUUGUAGAAGAAUUAUGGUGGAAGGCAUUAGAUUUUGCAGCUUUGAAGAGAAGUUCUGUUUCAUUUUUCAACGUUGAAAAGCCGGAAACUGCUGUUUCUCGAUGGGCUAGAGCACGUACAAGAGCUGCUAAGGUUGGAAAAGGAUUGUCCAAAGAUGAAAAGGCUCAAAAAUUGGCUCUGCAGCAUUGGCUAGAAGCUAUUGAUCCACGACACCGAUAUGGCCACAACUUGCACUUCUAUUAUGAUUUGUGGUUUUUGAGCGAAAGCUCUCAGCCUUUCUUCUACUGGUUGGACGUUGGAGAUGGGAAAGAAAUAAACCUCGAGAAAUGUCCAAGGACAAAAUUGCACCAUCAAUGCAUCAAGUAUCUCGGACCAAAGGAGCGCGAAGCAUAUGAAGUAGUCAUUGAGAAUGGGAAGCUUGUAUAUAAACAAAGUGGUGUAUUAGUUCAGUCAGUAGAGGGUUCAAAGUCGAUAUUUGUUCUUAGCACAACAAGAACAUUGUAUGUAGGAAAGAAGCAAAAGGGCACAUUUCAACAUUCGAGUUUUCUAUCAGGUGGUGCUAUCACAGCAGCUGGAAGACUAGUUGCUCAUUCUGGAAUUCUGGAGGCUAUUUGGCCAUACAGUGGUCAUUAUCACCCAACUGAAGAGAACUUCAAGGAGUUCAUUAGCUUUCUUGAAGAGCACAAAGUUGAUCUUACAAAUGUUAAGAGAUGUGCAGUUGAUGACGACAAUCUCUCAGAGGCGUCAAACAGCCAACCAUCUGUUGAUCUUUCAAUUGUUAAAGAAUCUGAAGAAAGAAGCACAUCGAAAACCAAGAAACCAGAGGAUAUCAUCAUCAAUAAGAAAGCACAAGCAUUUAGCUUCUCCAAACAUUUGUCUAGCAAAUGGACAAGUGGAACUGGACCUCGUAUUGGCUGCGUUAGGGAUUACCCUACAGAACUACAAUUCCGAGCACUUGAACAAGUUAAUUUGUCGCCUCGGGUGGUCAAUGGAGGCUUCAACUUCUCUGGUCCAAUCCCCUCACCAAGGCCAAGCCCAAACAUUAGGCUAUCACCUAGGAUUGCACAUAUGGGACUACCGAGUCCCCGGACACCAAUUUCUGUGCCUAGCUAAGAAGUGACUGACCCCCUUGACUCCACACAGCAAAUUAGCCAGCGGGAGGAACAAACUAACUCAAAUCUUCAACUUAUUUGUUCAUUCAUAUUUGUAUUCUAUAGAUAGUGUUCCAUCUAAUUGCAUUUGAAUUUAGAAAUAAGAUAAGACAUGAUCUUUAUUCCUUUGUAUAGAGGUUUUUUGUUAAAAUAAUCUGAAAAUAGAAACUUUUUAUUUAAGAUACCAAAUAACAGUUUUAUUGGAUACA